UUCCGUCAUAGAACCGGUUUCUUGGAAGCAGAAACAUGGAAUUCUUAAAAACAAGGCGUUGCUCCAUGUCUGUCAUUUAAAGUGUUUCUGCACGCGCACGUCGCGUCUGGUGGGGGAUUGAUCUUCAGUUCUUCACGGCGCCGUCGACGGAGAUCAUCACGAUAAUGCAAGACUAAGUGCUGAGAGAACGCAAACAUGAAACUCUUCUCCUUAGUCUUUUGGGCUGGGUCUUUCUCGAAUGCCAUCGUCUUCGCAGUGGGAAACAACUCGACUCGGUCGAGCUUUAUACCUGAAUGCAUUUUGACCUCCCAAAUCACCACCAAAGUCGCAGGACGUUCUCAGUCUGACACCGCGACAACUAUCAAGUCCUUCAACACAACCAGUUCACCCAAGAAUGGCACACUGGCGACGGAUAACAGAUAUGGAAAACUGUGGAAAGGCAAAUACACGAAGGAUGGGUUUCUCUCGAACCUGACCUCGGGUGUAGCUCCGACAAUCCUCUGUUCGUCGAUCGCAGACUUUGCCUCGUCAUGUUCCUGUGUGAGCAUCACGCGUGUGACAACCACUUCAACCAUCCGAUCGUCGACUGCCACCUUGAUGAUAACUCGAACGGUAAACUCGAAAAAAUUGGGCAGCUCUUUGAACAAUAGUAGCCGACUGCCAGUUACUUCAAAGACUCUCGCAGCACUCAAGUUGUCAUCAUCACUAGCAACAAGCUCAUCCCAAGAAACAGCCCGACCACAGACUCGAUUAACCGGAGCAAGUCCAAACACGGAGAGAGCUUCACCGACAGGCCGCUUUUUGAACACCACCGUCUCAUCAACAAGUCUAAGCAAGAGUCCAGUGGUAUAUGUGAUGAACACCACGACUCUGAUCACAGUAACCACCGCAGAAAAAGGCAGCAUCUCAGCAGGUGGUUCUCUUUCACACAUCAGCCAGACGGGCCGCUACCUCAACACCACCACUGCAUCCGCGAAGCCCUCGCAGGGCUUUCACCUCCCAUUCUGGCGACUCAACAUCACGGCCACCGGCUUCUUUUCCCGCACCAACACCACCUCCCUCCAAGCCCACAAGGUAGCUCUUCUCACAGGGACUGCCACUGGAACAGGCCUCUCCCACCUGUCAAACACCACCUCUUCUCGUCCCUUGUGGCUCAACACCACCAGAGCCACCCCCACAGCAGCACUGACCACUGGGCCUCGACUCUUCACAGCCAACACGGCCUUUACAUUUGCCAACACCACCGUUCGCUGGGCCAACACAACCACAACGUCAUCGAUUCCGACCCCGACUGCAAUCUUUCCGACCUCGUGCGGUAAAUCCUCGGCGCCUUUCUCCUUGCAGAUAUCCUACCCUUCAACCCCAUUCGACAACUGGUUCGUCCACCUGUCCGCCCGCGCUCUUUUGUUUGGUUCACGCAGCUCUCAAGCGAGCCGGUUUAGCAUUGAAGCGGGUGGUUACCUUUGCGUUGUCGGGCUGGUGGAUGAGACGGAGGAGCAAAGACCUUAUGUGGCGGCUAUUGGGGUAAAAGAAGGGCAAAGAGGCGAGAUAUGGAUGGUGAGCAAAGAGAUGUUGGAUGUUUGGGGCGAUGAUUAUGUUGCCUUGGGGUGUACACAAGAUGGGGGGCUGAACUGUGGGGCGAUGAGGAACGGGACUGAUGUGGGUGAGGUGAGGGAGUGGGCUGGUUGCGGGAUGCAGCUGGGGUUGGGGAGUGGAAAUGGAACUGUCGCUGAGUGUGGGAGUGUUGGGGUGCGCGUUCUUGAGGGAGGAGAUGUUGACGGUGAAGUCAAUGAUAAUGAUGAGUUCGGGGAGAUGAGAUUUGAAAAGAGGGUAGUUAAUCCUUGGGCUUUUACAAGCAUGAGUUAA